AUGUCACUAGAAGCUAAGAUUCGAAAAUUCUUGAAGGGCCCUAAAAAGGGAGAAACUUUUGAAUUGAGAAACGGUCUAGUUUCUCAAUAUAAACAUGAACGAAAAGACGCCAUUCAAAGGGUGAUUCAAGCGAUGACAGUUGGGAAGGACGUAUCAUCAUUAUUUCCGGACGUUUUGAAGAACAUAGCGACCUAUGACAUAGAACAGAAGAAAUUAGUCUAUUUAUAUUUGAUGAACUAUGCGAAGACUCAUCCAGAGCUUUGCAUUCUAGCUGUAAAUACCUUCGUUCAAGACACUGAGGACCCUAAUCCUUUGAUUAGAGCUCUUGCGAUCAGAACUAUGGGCUGCAUAAGAGUGUCGAAGAUGAUAGAUUAUAUGGAGAUUCCGUUACUGAGGACCUUGAAGGAUGAUAAUCCUUAUGUCAGAAAGACCGCUGCGAUUUGCGUUGCUAAGUUGUUCGAUCUUGACCCCGAAAUGUGUAUUGAAUUCGGAUUUUUGGACGAGUUGAAAAAGUUGAUUCAUGAUUCAAACCCAAUGGUAGUUGCAAAUUCGUUGAGCGCCUUGUUCGAAAUCAAAGAAAUGAAUGAUGACCCGAAUUUGCAGGUUUUCACCAUGACGGCCGAUAUUGUUAAAAGUUUGUUGACCUGCUUAAACGAAUGCACAGAGUGGGGUAGAAUUACAAUUUUAUCUGAGCUAGCCGAGUAUAAUUCUGCUAGUCAUGAGGAGGCUAAUCACAUUGUUGAAAGGGUAAUUCCGCAACUUCAGCACGUAAACCCGUCGGUUGUCUUGAGUUCAAUAAAAGUGAUCAUACAUCACAUAAGUUCUAUCUCGCCCACGGCACAGAGAACUGCGAUUCUUAAAAAAUUGUCCGCCCCUUUAGUGUCAUUGGUGAGUACGUCUAUUCCGGAAGCACAAUAUGUUGGCUUAAAGAAUAUUCGAAUUAUCUUAGAAAAAUAUCCUCAGAUUUUGUCGAAAGAAUUGCGUGUAUUCUUUAUCAAAUACUCAGAUCCCUUAUAUUUAAAAUUAGAAAAACUUGAGAUUAUGGUGAGACUCGCAACGGAUAACAACAGUGCUCUUUUAUUAGGGGAGCUUAAGGAAUACGCAUUAGAAUUUGAGCCAGCUCUUGUGUCUAAAGCAAUUAAAUCAAUCGGUUCUGUAGCGAUAAAGCUUGCAGGUAGUGUGAUUAAGGCAGUCAAUCUUUUAAACAGUUUGAUAGAUCAAAGAGGUGGAGAGUUGACUAUCAAUGAAUCUAUUAUUGUUUUGAUUAACAUUUUAAGACGCUAUCCCGGUAAAAAUGACUUGCUAACUUUGAUCAUUCCUGUGAUUUCAGAGCAUGCAAAGGAACUUGACAAUAGUGAUGCUUUGUCGGGUUACAUCUGGUUGCUAGGAGAGUAUCCAAAGUACUUCUCUGGUCUACACGACAAGUUAAACGUUCUUGUUGAUAAAUUUUUGGAAAGUGAAUCAAUUUUACAGUUGAACAUUUUAACUACUAUUGUCAAAAUCAAUUUGUCACAAGGUGAAUCUAACUAUUCCUCCUUACUUCAGCAAGUUUUAGAGAUGAUAAACAAGGAUUGUGAAAAUGCCGAUGUUAGAGAUCAGGCAUUUAUUUAUUGGAGGUUAUUAUCAACGUCCUCAAAAGAGGCGCAAAAGAAAGUAAUCUUAGCAAAAUUACCUCCGAUAAAGACGACGAUCUCGUCGUUCAACCCUACUGUUUUAAAUGCUUUAAUCGAGGAAUUAUCAACCUUGUCAUCUGUCUAUCAUAAGCCUGCUUCCACUUUCAUAAAUCUGGAUGUUCACCAAGGCAUUUCUACAGGUAAAGAGACUACUCACAAUCAUAAAAAUGAAAAUAUAGAUGACUUGACCAAAUUGGCUAAACAAGAAAUAAUCAAUAAUGCUAAAAAUGAAAACUUGUUAGACUUCGAUGACGAAGACGAAGACAAUGCCGCAAAUAAUAAAGCUGGUGAGCCCUCCUUGCUCGAUGAAUUAGAUGAUAUAUUCUCUGCACCUGCUCCUCCUAUCAAGAAUAAUGAUACAGUUCCUUCUCAUGCAUCAAACAAUGACAUAUUGAGUCUUUUUGACUCUCCCAAGAAACAGGAAUCUAGGAACUCUAUUUCUAGUGGCUUGUCUAAUUUGAAUUUUAAUGAUAACUCCGUGUCAGAUAAGAAGAAUGCUUCGGCAAAUAAUAAGGUUAAUAAUGAUUUAUUAGACCUCUUUUAA